AAUGUUGGAGGUAGGAUAAGUUUUGAUAUUUAAGAAAGCAUCCAGAUUUCUUUUCGACAUAAACAGACCUACACUGUUCACGAUGAUCAAAAGGAAUAGCAUGCCGGCUCUCUUCAUUGCAGUUUUCGUACUGAACGGAAUUGGUGAGGCAAUAGCAGAGUACAAAAGAGUUUGCUAUUACACAAAUUAUGCACAGUACAGGCAAACUCCUUUCAAGUAUUUCCCGAAAAAUAUUGACCCAUUUCUCUGUACGCAUAUUAUGUACUCUUUCGGAAAAGUUAGUGGACUUACAAUCAAGCCGAAUGAAUGGAACGACGAAGGCAAACCAUGGUCAAAAGGCAUGUUUGAGAGGACAAUGGCAGCAAAAACAAAAAAUCCAGAUUUGAAAAUUCUGAUUGCCAUUGGAGGAUGGAAAAUUGGGUCUCGUCCAUUUACAGACUUGGUUGAUAAUGAAAAUGAUAUUGACACGUUUGCUCGAAAUUCCAUCGAUUUCCUAAGAAAGCAUAAUUUUGACGGGUUAGAUUUGGAUUGGGAAUUUCCAGGAAAUAGAGGAAGUCCACCUGAAGAUAAACAAAGGUUUACAAAAUUUGUUAAUAUACUGAGAAGGGAAUUUGAAAAUGAGGCUCAAUCAACUGGAAGAGAAAGAUUGUUAUUAACUGCAGCCGUUGCCGCUGGAAAGAGAACAAUAGAUUCAGCUUACGAAAUCUCAAAAAUAGCGGCUGAUCUGGAUUUCAUCAGUUUAAUGGCGUAUGACCUUCAUGGUUCAUGGGAAGCGAAAACUGGUCAAAUCAGUCCGCUAUAUCCUAGAAACGACGAAACAGGAGACGAACGAACGCUAAAUCAGGACUGGGCUGCUAAAUAUUGGAUAGAUCAAGGAACGCCAAAAGAAAAACUAAUUCUUGGAAUUCCCAUGUAUGGUAGAUCAUUUAAGUUGUCAAGUUCCUCAAACAAUGAAUUAGGUGCAGCAACUGCUGGUGCAGGAUAUCCAGGAAAAUAUACAGGGGAAGCAGGCUUUCUAAGCUAUUAUGAGAUAUGUUCAAGCGGAUGGACAACAGCAUGGAAUGAUGAGCAGCAAGUUCCAUAUGCAUAUUCUGGAGAUCAGUGGGUGGGAUACGACAACGUUCGAAGUGUUACGAUUAAAGCAAAGUAUAUUAAAGAGAAGGGACUAGGAGGUGCUAUGUUUUGGACUCUUGAUUUCGACGACUUCACAGGGAAUGCAUGCAAUAAAGGCGCUUAUCCAUUGAUAUCAGCUGUAAAAAAAGAACUAACUUCAACAAAACCAGGCUUUCGUCCUCAACCUACAACAGUUAAUACGAAGAAGGUACCAAGACCAACAACCACAACACACAGAAAAACAACGACUCAACAAUCUGUUAAAUGUGGCAUAAAUGGUUCAAUGCCAUGUAAAGAUGGAGCAUUUUAUGCAGAUACAUGUGAGAAGAAUGUCUUUUAUCAAUGUGCAUGGGGGAGACCUGUUAAACAACGUUGUCGUUGGGGUCUUGUAUGGAACCAAGCAGGAUAUUGUGACUGGGCAUAAAAGUUAUUCAAGAAUUUGACUUUGGAAUGUUAGAUCAAGUUUCAUGUCAAAAAUAAAUUCUUGCAUUUGCAAAAAACGGC